AUGAUCCGCGGUUGGCAUCUCGGACGGGUCGGCGACACCGAUGUCGACGCUGGCGACAUGCCCAUCGCCCACACCGACAUCACGCGGCUGCGAAAAGGCCGGGUCGGCGGAGUGUUUUGGAGCGCCUACGUUCCGUGCCCCGAGGCUAACACGAGCAACGACUUCUCAACCGACCACCACUACGAAAGCCUGCGCGCCACGAUUCAGCAGAUCGACAUCAUACAUAUGCUCGCCGAGCGGUAUCCCCGCCAUCUUUCUCUCGCUCGGACGUCGGCUGAGGUGUGGGAUGCGUUCAGGUCUGGGAGAGUGGCGAGUCUGAUCGGAGUCGAGGGCCUGCACCAGAUCGCAAACAGCGCGAGCGUGCUGCGGAACUUUGCGAGAUUGGGUGUACGCUAUGUCACCUUGACUCAUGAUAGCAACAAUCUCUAUGCUGACGCGACGAACGCUUCCGAGCCUAUUCACCACGGAUUGUCCAAGGAGGGUGCUGCCAUGGUUAAGGAGAUGAACCGUAUCGGGAUGAUCGUGGAUAUCUCGCAUACCUCGGUUGCCGUUCAGAAGCAGGUCCUGGCUUGUUCCAGAGCUCCAGUCAUCUUCUCGCACUCCUCAUGCUCUGCCCUGACCAAGCACCCCCGCAAUAGCCCCGACGAGGUGCUAGACCUGCUCAAGACCAACAACGGCGUCUUCAUGGUGUCGUUUCUGCGCAAGCUUACCGACCCAGACCGGCCAACCCUUGGGCAAGUCGCAAACCACAUCCAGCACGUCGGCGAGCGCAUCGGCUACGAGCACGUCGGCAUCGGCUCCGACUUUGACGGUAUGAUGCAGGGCCCGGACGGUCUCGAGGAUGUUUCCAAAUUUCCGCUGCUCAUUGCUGAGCUUUUAAAGCGAGGAGUGUCAGAGCAGUCGGUCCGGAAUCUCGCGGGGCUGAACGUGUUACGUGUACUCGAUGCGGUGGAUGAGGUGUCGGCUCGGAUGAAAGCGGACAAUGAGGAGAUGCUGCAAGAUGUCAUUGAGCCUGUGUGGGACGAAGAGCUCCGCAGCAAGGUGAAGGAAGUACGGGGAGUCUUUGACUAA